AUGGAUCAAGGCAACGAUCCCACCCAAGCCAAUGCUGUCCCAGACGGCGCCAAUCAAGGCAACACCGGAGGCAACCAACCUGCUGCAGCAAAUCAACCUGCUGCUGCGAACCAACCUGCUGCUGCCGCAGCCAACCAACCAGCUGCCGCGGCCGAUCCACAACAACAACAACAAAUGAUCGCCCAACUGAUUGCCCAAAACACCAUGUUAGUCAACCAAUUAACCAACUUCAUGACACAAAUGCAGCAACCGGCGCAGCAACCCGUCAUCAUCGUGGACCUACAUCAAACUGGUUCUGCCUACAACUUGGCCCAACGCAAUGGGUUGGCGGCCUUUCAAGAAGCUUCUGCCGCCCUUUUGCACAAAUAUGAUGGGUCCAACGCAACCUACCCAAAUUUCCUUAAUGCUCUCCAACAACGAGCUGCACAAUGUUUUUGGGACGCGGUUGCUAAUUCAGGUGGGAUCACUACGUAUGGUGGAAAAGAUCUGUUCACCCAAAUUAAUGACAUCACUGAACAGGAACUCAGGAACGCCUACGCUGCAAGACAGAACGACAGAGCAAAGCAAAAAUCUCUGGCACUUUACAAAUGUUGGGAUAUGACAAAAUAUGAGUUUUUACGUUCCAAAAGAAACUAUUUAAGGAAUAAUGCAAGAUGUCCCAAUCCUCACAUUGUGGAGGAAUUUGAGCGAUUCAAAGGAGAGCCAACAAUAGCCAAAGCUCAGUCCAAGUUUAAGGAUCGACUCGCAUCCACUCCAGCGAACCUGAAAGGUGCCAAGGCACACGAUUCUCCCGAGAACCUCAAUCCAAGCAAUGAACCCAUGGAAUUUGUUGAAAUCGUUUGGCAUGCCUUGACAACGGCGUUUC